UGGAGCAGGCAUCGCUCGAUGGCGUUGAGUGGGGCGGGAUCCGUGGUGCUGCUCGCGUCUCGAGACUCGUUUCUCCCGGAAGUGGGUGGUUAAGUCGCCACUCGGUCACUGCUGGCUAACUAGCGAUCGCUGGGAUGAAGGAGAAUCGGGGACAUUCUUGGGGCUGACACAUAUCCGACAGUUGUGAAAUUUCAGUUUUAACCAAUUUGUUGCGGUAUAUCCGCAGAAAUCCACCACAAACGCUCACAAAAAGGCUCAGACACCCCGCCGCCAAGAUGAUGGAAGAAAUUGACAGAUUUCAAGUGCCGACUGAGGCAGAGAUGCAGCCUUUUGAUCCAGCAUCAUCGACCACAUCAGAGGCAGACUCAGAUACCAGGGAGAGUGAGCCUGCCACCCUUAACUAUAAACCUUCCCCUCUCCACAUGAAGAUAGACAAAAAGAGAGAGUUGGUUAGGAAAGGAUCACUGAAAAAUGGCAAUGCUGGAAGCCCUGUCAAUCAACAACCCAAGAAAAAUAACGUGAUGGCCAGAACAAGGCUAGUGGUUCCCAAUAAAGGCUACUCUUCUUUAGACCAAAGUCCAGAUGAGAAACCUUUAGUUGCUCUUGACACAGACAGCGAUGACGACUUUGACAUGUCUAGAUAUUCUUCGUCAGGAUACUCGUCAGCCGAGGUGAGGUCUCUAAGGGAACAGCAGAUAAACCAGGAUCUGAACAUCCAACUACUGAAAGAUGGAUACAGGCUGGAUGAGAUCCCCGACGAUGAAGACCUGGACCUCAUACCACCCAAAUCCGUUAACUCCACCUGCAUCUGCUGCCAAGCCACCUCCUCCACUGCUUGUCAAAUCCAGUAAACCUGUCACCUUUUCCCCUCCCUGUGCUCCCUCUCUCUCUUCCCCUCCCUCUUUCCCUUUCAUAACCUCAGAUAAGACAUCUAAUCAAUAUUACAGAGGGAAAUGUACAGUAAACGUUAUGAUGAACAUGGUGUACAGGAAAAUGUGAACACACAGACACACAAAACACAUUACAUGUGCUAAUACACACACAUACACACAUUUACUCUUACUUAUAAUUCUAAACAUGACUAUUAUUGGUUGCUUCCUCCUAUGGCAGGAUAUGCACAGGUUUGCUAAUACGUUAGGAGAGUCUGCUCACUUUCACCUCCUAGCUGGCAUUGUGUUAUACUGUACAAGUGAACGUAGAACAAAUAAAGCAUUAAAAUGACUUUAAUUGUGAAUUUAAAAACAACUUGAUGUUACAGAGAGUUUGAAAUAGCUUAUCCACUGAAUUCUCUGCUUUCCUGUUGCACUCAUUGCAUUAACAUUGUCGUUAUGGUAAGACUUGAUUUCCGUACGGAUCUGGUUGGAUGUUUAUUGUUCGUGGCUGCUAUUGAGGCUAUACUUGGAUUCGUUUCUGUUGAACAUUUUGCAUGUUGGUGCAUUCGUACUGCAGCACUAACAGUAGCCUUGACUGGCAUGUACCUGGGCAUCACACUUUUUGUUUACUCUUGAUAUCUCACACAAGUAUUUAAUUGAAUCGUGUUUGAAACUACACUGGAUUUGAGAUCCGAAUGAGUCAUGAACGAAAAGGAAAUACAGUAACCCUUCUUUAUUUGAUUGGUCAUUUCUGAACAGUUGUUAUUUUCACAGUAACCUCUCACUACAGACCGAAGAUGAUAAAAUGAUUACAUGAAGACCUUUCUGUCUCUCAAAGCAGUUUUUCAAAGGUCAGAAAUCACUGGGUAUGAUUGAAUAGCCUUUAUGACAUUUUGAAAAUCCUUAGACAGAAUGUCCAAACAUGUUAGAUGUAGAACGCCUGUAAGCUUUCUUACAGUGAGUACUGUUUUAGUCUGGAAGAUGUUCAGAUUUCACAGACUUGAAGGCACCAAAGAAUGUUUAUGCUCCUUGUUGGAAUCACUUUACCUUGUGUCCAUUUUAAUUUAGCAUUUUAUAUGCAUACCACCAAUCAGAAUAUAUCGCUUCAUUUCAUGGAAAUCAGUUACUUUCUCAGACAUUGUGGGCUAUUUAAAAGCACUGUUUUCUGCAGGUCUUUGGAACUAACCGUAGAAUGUUAAUGUUACUAAACUGAUCAAAUCCCUGGCCUCAUUAUUGUUAUUAUUAAAACGAUUCAAGCUAUCAAUGAUGAAACUGCGCUGUUCAUCUACACAUGAAAUCCUUUUACAGAUUUUACCCUUCCAUUCAGCUUUGAAAGCCAAACACAUUUUAUGUGUUAUCUUUACACUCUUCAUAUUGUCUUGAUCAAGUUGUAUCUCAAAAUGCAAACUGUUUUCAUUCGAACUGCUCAUAUUCACUUUUUAGGCUGUUUUAAUUAUGACUAAAAUAGUGUAAUGACCUGAUGUAUCAAAAUUCAAAGUGUAAUCAAAGGUGAGCAUUUGUUGGACAAAAGCUGUGUUUUCAUGUUAUAAAUAUGUUAAUUAUGUGAGAAAGUCCAUUUAUGUAAUAACAAUGUUGUUAUUGGUUUCAGUGAUAUCAAUAAAAGCAGACCUGAAUUACACUUUUCUUUUUUUAAUUAGUCCUUUAUUUACAUAAUUUACAGGUACAGGAAAGCCAAAAUAUGAAUGUUGCACAAAUGAUACCUAUGUAAAAGUACAGAAUAUGUAUGUACACCGGUAGUGGCUCAAAGUCUGUAAGACAGAUAUACACAUCACAACACUGGCAUUCACAACACAACUGAGAAGACUUUUGUAAAUUACAUCAAUGUACUUCUCAAUAACUUGCUAAUUACAUUCUGCAGUCUAAGAUAAGAGUUCUUAAACUCAAAGUUCUAAAGUUCUUCUUAAACUCAAAACAAGGCACAGGUUGAGCAUUUUUACAAUGACAGUAUGUUUUAAAUGACCUGCUUGAAUUCAGGCUCACAACCUACUGAACAUAUGGAACAUCUGAACAAUAAAUUAGCACAGAUACUAUGUGACAAUAAAAGCCAAAUAUUUGUUGAUCAGUUAUCAUAACAUAAAAUAUAAAAAUCUAUACAAUUGUUAUUGAAUAAAGCUCCAACAGAUACAUUGAUCGUUGAUUCACAUGUAAAAUUCAGUUUGUGUCUUUUAAAGCACAAUGGCUGAUCAUUAUGGUAGAUUUAAACUAAAUCUAUAUUCAAAUAACAUUCAUUAUUUCAAGUAAACAGCUGAACAGUGGAAAGACUUCUGAAGUCAAGAGGAACUUGUAUGAAAAUGAAAAACCCAUUAAUAAAACUAAUAAAAGAUAUUGUUAUUCAUGUUCAUUGAUUGAUUGUAAAUACUAUAGGCUGCUAAUAAAAUCAUAGGUACUGGGAGAAAUAUACAGUCUUUGUUCUGUCUUUUUCAGCUGUGCAGUGUACAGAGAUGUAAGGCACAACUCUUACCUUGUGUUUUCCCAUAACACACCUAUAGAUGGCGGUGGUAAACUAUUAAUCAGUGAACUUCUCUUAUUUUCACUACAUCACUUGAGAAGGCUGACCAAAAAAA